AUUUAAAGAGUUAAAUGUUUACAUACUGUUUCAUACUUGGACGAUGCAGCUAUAUUCUUCUGGGGGGAAUCGGUGACGUAUGAGUAUGUAUGUAAAGCUGGAUGCUGAAUGAUUGGUUGAUUGUUUAAAUCCCAGCAGGUUUGGGUGGUUCCUCCUUAUGGAAAACAGAGAAGCGACUGGAAGCUAUUCACUCAUUCAUUCAUCUCACUGCAGCCCAGCACUACGGUACUACAGCUACUCUGUUGCGUUGUGAGCACUAACGGCAUUAGCUAGCAAGCAACUGCUAAAAUGACACGAUUGAAGCGUUCAACGUGAAGUGGAUGUCCAAAAUGUGAAGCUCUGCCUGCAUUUUUAUGAACCUGGAUCAGCGGGGAAUCCGACAAUCAUCAUCAUCAGUGGUGCAGCAACAGCAGCAACGGAGGUGGUGGCUUCUUUUUAGUAAGGAUCAUGUGGUGGGCCUGGCCGUUCCUGCCUGCUCUGGUGCUUCUCUCAGAGCUCUCUGUGGUGAGAGUCCAGACGGCACCAUGCCAAACCUGUAAAAAACUCACUGAGAGUUUCAUUAAGGGCUUGGAAAGAACAGCCAAUAAGAACUUUGGGGGAGGAAAUACUGCCUGGGAGGAGGAGAAGCUGGCUAAAUAUGCAACCAGUGAAACUCGUCUACUAGAGAUAGUAGAAUCUGCUUGUGAGAAAACAGAUUUUGAAUGUAACAGACUGCUGGAGCAGAUAGAGGACCAAGUGGAGACAUGGUGGUUCCACAGACAGCAGGAAGCACCAGACCUGUUUGAGUGGCUGUGUAUAGGGGAGCUGAGACUCUGCUGUCCACCUGGACACUUUGGACCUGACUGCAAAGAGUGUCCAUCUGGACCUGGUGGCAUAUGUGGAGGUCUGGGCCGCUGUGAAGGGGAGGGUACUCGCCUUGGAGAUGGAGAGUGUGUCUGUGAUCCUGGGUACUCAGGCCAUCUUUGCCAAAGCUGUGCUGAUGGUUACUACAGAGAGAAAAGCUCCAAUAACAGCAUAGCAGCCUGUGCAGCCUGCUACCACUCAUGCAAGAAAUGCUCGGGGCCGCAGGACUACAAAUGUCUCGACUGCAAACCCGGCUGGAUCCUUCAUGACAACAAAUGUGUUGACAUUGAUGAAUGCGGUACAGAGCUGGCUCGUUGCCCUUCUAACACCUACUGUCACAACACAGAUGGAUCAUAUGAAUGCAGAGGAUGUGACCAGGCAUGUGUGGGCUGCAUGGGUAGUGGUCCUGCCCGCUGUAAAAAAUGUGCACGUGGCUACAGAUUGAAGGGAGCAAAGUGUCUUGAUAUAGAUGAAUGUAGUGAACGUGCCAUAGCAUGCCCGGGACUCAAUGAGGCCUGCAUAAAUGAGGAGGGCUCCUUCCACUGUGACUGUGCUAAUGGCUUUAUCAGAAGAGACAGCAUCUGUGUUGAAAAUAAACCUCCUGCUGGCCCAGAGAAGGGACUCUUUGACGAUAUGACAGAUGAUGAGGUCCUUGUACUGCAACAGAUGUUCUUUGGAGUGGUAAUCUGUGCCCUAGCCACCCUUGCUGCCAAGGGUGACAUGGUCUUCACAGCUAUUUUCAUUGGAGGUGUGGCUGCUAUGGCUGGAUACUGGCUGACCGAGAAGGGAGACUACAUGCUGGACGGAUUUCUGAAGGGACGCUAGACUGCAUUGGACCGUAGCUUGAUUAAAAAGACCGGCCAAUUUGGGUAAAUAGGAAUCAGUUUGAGGCAAGAAACUAGCUUUGCAAUGCUAGACUUUCAGGGAUUUACUUGUGACUGGGGAAUUAAUUUAAAGGGCGUGGGUUAAUUUAUGUCUAUGAGUGACAUCACAUGGGAAGAAGUGAGAACUUGAAGAACAUGAAGCCGUGAAUCUUUAAGAGGAGUAACGAAGCAUCACUGCACUGAUAGAAAGGAACUGAUCUUACUUCCCUACCUCAGCUGUGUUGGGAACAAGGGUGACAUAAAGACCACUACUGAUUGUGAAAAUCUUAUGCAUUUUGAAUAUGAUGUCUGGUCUUUGUCUCUCUUGAAAAGAUUUUUUUCAUCUACUCUAUUCAUGAUGUCCAUCUGCGUUUUCACCAUUUCAGCUCCCCCUCCCUCCCAUAGUUUGAAUGGCACAUGAGUUGUGAGUGUGUCAGGUUACUAAUGCACUUGAACUUACUGCUGUGGGACAUUGGGUAGGAUGGAGAUAUCACAAUUUCCCAAAC